GGCAGUGAUAAGAGGGAAGGCAUGAUGCUGAUGCUGGUUGGGAUUCCUCUUCUUCAUCAUAGCCUCCGCAGCUGCUUCCUUGCAGGUUGGAAGACGUCCUUUGCUCCAAGAAAUCUUGUUUGGACAGUUAUUUCUCUGCCUCUUCCUCCUCCUCCUCCUCCUCUUCUUCUUCUUCUUCUUCUUCUUCUUCUUCUUCUUCUUUUCCCAUCUUUUCUAUUUGUGAGUAGGGGGGAGGUGGCGGAUAGGGAUUGGUUUGGCUAGCAGUGGCAUUUGGCCCAGCCAUGGGGUUUGGGGAACAUGGAGGCGGCGGGGGUUCCUUGUUCCUGUAGUAGAAACCUGUGGGUUGCAGCCGAUAUGGAGUGCGCGGAGGCGCAGAGCAUGUCUUCUGCUCCUGCACUUGUGUCGCCUAAAUCUGUUCGGAAUUAGCAGCAAAGCUUGGACUUUUAUGCGUCCUUCACUGUUGCUGCCCGCCGUCUGCGCCCUCACGGAGAUGGAUAGAUGCUAGAUCCGCUUCAUCGGUUGCAGAGAUGGAAUCUGGCACUGGGUUCUUCGCUCUCGAGGAGUGCCGCCUAGAUCCGAAGUGGCUCAUCGAUCCCGAGUUACUCUUCGUCGGGCCUAAGAUCGGGGAGGGCGCUCACGCCGAAGUGUAUGAGGGAAAGUACAAGAAUCAGAAUGUUGCUGUGAAGGUUAUGCACAAAGGGGACUCCCAGGAGGACGUGGCGAAGAGGGAGGCGAGGUACAUGAGGGAGGUGGCGAUGCUUGCCCGAGGUCAACAUAAGAACCUUGUCAAGUUCAUUGGAGCUUGCAAAGAGCCUAUGGUGGUGGUCACCGAGCUUCUGCUGGGGGGAUCGCUGCGCAAGUACUUGAUAAACAUGAGGCCAAGGAACUUGGAGCCUCGUGUCGCCGUUGGCUUUGCACUGGAUAUAGCUCGGGCUAUGGAGUGCUUGCAUUCUCAUGGGAUCAUUCACCGUGAUCUGAAGCCUGCCCUUGUUUCUUUCCCAGAGAACUUGCUGUUGACUGCAGAUCAGAGGACAGUGAAACUUGUCGAUCUUGGUUUGGCACGGGAAGAAACAUUAACAGAGAUGAUGACAGCUGAAACAGGGACAUACCGUUGGAUGGCGCCAGAGUUAUACAGCACUGUCACGUUAAGGCACGGCGAAAAGAAGCACUACAAUCAUAAGGUGGACGUGUACAGCUUUGCAAUCGUAUUGUGGGAGCUGCUUCAUAAUCGGCUUCCAUUCGAAGGCAUGUCCAACCUGCAAGCAGCCUAUGCAGUUGCUUUCAAGAACGUCAGGCCGAGUGCUAAUGACUUACCCGAGGAACUGGCUUCGAUAUUAACUUCUUGUUGGAAAGAGGAUCCAAAUUCCAGACCCAACUUUAGUCAGAUAGUUCAGAUGCUUCUACAUUAUCUGUCCACUCUUUCACCACCGGAACAUGUCAAUCCUUCCCGUGCCUACAGUUCGGAGAAUGUAGUUUUACCACCUGAAUCUCCUGGCACAAGCUCACUGAUGGCAGCUCGAGAUGAAAUUGGUGAUACGACGACCGACGAGAAUAAAUGGAGGGGAUUCUUCUUCUGCUUCAGCCAGUGCUUCUGAUGUCCAGUCGAAGAGAAGCUUUGUGGAAUUUCAGACAAUUCACCUUGUCCAGUAUGUUAGGAAUGAACAAGAGCAAUGUUAAGGUUGUUUAUAUGUCGAAAUUACUUGAUCCUCGUCCAUACUUGGGGUAAAUUGCUUUCUGAAAUGCUGGUGGAAUGACCGGAAAAGCCUCUGUUUAGGGUUUCGGGGGGAUCGGAAUUGUUGAAUUCCAUAUGGUGCAAAAUAAACAGGGCAAGAAGCUAGACUAAUCGGGACAUGUUUAGGUAUUCUAGAAAUGCAUUAUUGGUCUCUGCAAUCCUUGAUAUUGAUGUUGUUUUUCUUUCAUGAUACCUAUGGUAGGUUGGGUUGGUUAUAUAUAGUUCAUGGGAGUAGGGCAGUUAUUUGGUAAUUAGUAUGAUCAGAUAGUUUUAAACGAUAUUUUGCUGUAAUAGCGCUUUGUUCUUAGCUUAUUGAAAAGAUUAUGAUUGGACCA